AUGGAAAAAUUACUACACUGGUCUAUAGCUAAUGCCCAGGGCGACAAAGAUGCUGCCGAGAGAGCAGGACAACCAGACCCCAAGAUGUUACAGCAAUUGUUCGGAGGUGGUCCCGAUGAGCCAACGCUGAUGAAAGAAGCCAUGGCUGUUAUUACAAAUCAAGAUGCUGAACUAGACGACAGACUGACUGCAUUUGAUAAUUUCGAGAUGCUGAUUGAAAGUCUGGACAAUGCUAAUAAUAUUGAGAAUUUGAAGUUGUGGAUACCUCUAAUCAGCAUGCUGAAGGACAAGGAAGCCGAUUUGCGCGCAUUUGCUUUAUCAGUGAUAGGAACAGCUGUACAGAAUAACUCUGAUGCCCAGCAAAACUUUCUCAGGUAUGACGGGGGGUUGUCUCAGAUUAUCUCUUUAGCAAACGACAGUGAGGAAAAGCUGCAGGUUAGAGUCAAAGCAUUCUAUGCCCUCUCGAAUCUCAUCCGUCAUGACAGAAGUGGAUAUGAAAAGUUUGCUCAGCUAGGAGGCCUUGAUAUUAUAAGUCCUACUCUCACAGAUCCGGAUGCGAAGGAAAAGUUGCAUCUGAGGGUAUUAGGUCUUUUGACCUCAAUUCUAACUGCAGCAGAUGUGAACGACGAAUUCCUUGAAUUACUAAGGAAAGAGAAUAUAAUAAGAAGUGCUUUAGGAUUCCUCACAAAGAAAGGGGACUUGUAUGUGAUUGAUAGAGUCCUCAAUUUCCUUUCACAACUCAUUUCCGCGGGAUUCAAAUUCAACGAUCGCGAAAUCGUUAAUUUAAAAUCAGGAUUCGAAAGUAUCGAACCCCUCAAAGACCAGCUUAACGAAGAAGAUUAUCAAAUCGUAAAGCAUGUAUUAUCAUGA